AACAUAAAUCAUGUUCAACAGCCUACGAAGAGCUGCAUUUGUCACUUGCUCAAGGAGUUUUUCAUCUGGUUCAACGAGAAACAUGCCCAUCAAGGCUGGGGACCCCGUACCGAGCGUAGAGGUGUGUGAGAAUACGCCGGGAGAUAAAGUGAAUGUUGCAGAGCUCUUCAAGGGAAAGACUGGGGUGCUGUUUGCUGUGCCGGGGGCUUUCACACCAGGAUGCUCCAAGGUGAGACGAUAAGGUUGUAUACCCCGU